AUGUCAAACUGGAGUCAUUUACCAACCGAACUUCUGAUCGAGAUUAUCAAGUUCGCUUACCAUGACAAACUUGAACUUCAACGGGGAGUAUCCCGGUUGAUGCUUGUUUGCAAGAACUGGUGUCAUAUUACUCAAACGUUAUUAUAUAAGGAAGUGUCCAUGCUGUCUAUCAAGCAACACGACACUUUUUUAACUUGCAUGAGCCGUUACAGCACCGGCAUGAAUCAAUUAGUACGUUCAUUUAAAGCGUAUUCCGAAAUCACCAAUGUCAAAUUAGAAGAGGAUCUAGGUCUCAUUUUAAACGCAUUGCCCAACCUUCGUCUUCUCUUGGCCAAACCCCAGAAGGGAUGUUUUUUUGCCAGACUCUUGCUUGAACUUUACUCGUACCCCAACAGACCAACCCAAUUAGUGAUGAUACCAGGAUUUUCUUCAGAAUUGGAACAGGAUGCAAGAUCAUACCAAUAUGCUGUAUGGGCACUCAAGAAAACGCUCGCGCACAUGGUUUUACCCGAUUGGUGCAUCAAUCCUAACCGCAUAAUCACUCCGUUACAAGAGUUUAGGAAUUUAGUCAGCCUCGGACUUCGCGUCUCUAGUCUCUCUCAAAUGUUCGAAAUAACCACAAUAAUUCCAAGAUGUCCAAACUUAACCGGUUUGCAGAUUUCACGUAAUACCGGGUAUAAUCCGUUUGAAGAGGAUCAAAUUAAGGUGAUAGAUACAACCUGUGUGCAACCAGUUUCCCAUCUUGUUGACUUGGUGAUCGACACAAGUGUGGUUACUACAAGCCAUUAUGUCAUGCGUCUCCUGAUGAAGCUAUUUCCGCAACUUGAAUUAUUGUUGAUGUAUACAGACCGGAAGACAGCCCCAAAUUAUCAAUAUGAUGCUCUAAGUUGGAAGAUCCCCACAGAGGUUUGGGUUGAAUUUCUGACCUAUGUGGACAAUAUCAACAUGUUUUAUGGCCCACGCUUAAUUAUAUCUUCCUUACAUCAAGUCUUGAGAAAGAUAUCAAUAAGCACCAAGUUCUGUAAAGAAAUCAUGGUAAAGUACGAAAAAUUUAGUCCGCAAAGUGACAAUCAAGGGUGUCCAAUUUUAGAUAUACAUCCCUUGAUCAUCCACGAUAUGGAUUAUGUCUACGACAUAUAUGAAACUAUUGUGUGGUAUACUCCAAGUGAAUACCGCAUUCAUUUACCGCAUGAAUCAUUGAUCGAGCAAGUUGGAUUUCAAUUGAAACAUUUAAGUGUGAAUUUGAGUAUGGUGUCCGAACGACGUAUCGCUCCUCCUGUCAUGGAAGGUCAUGGUAAAAAACGUUUUGGACAUUUUAUCAAUCAUAUAUUUAUGCACUGUCCAGUUCUGCGAGCAUUGGUCAUCACGGGGGCGAAUUUGGUGUUUUGUGAUGAUGGUGACAAGGAGGGGCCACGGUCUUUAAAGCUUCUUCACCUUCAAAAUUGUAAAAUUUUUCACCGCAGAGAUUUUCUGCCCGACUUAUCUCGUCGAUUACCAUUUCGAUUGGAAUUUAUGGUUAUCGACCACUGCAAUUUUAAUGUCCGGGCGAAUCAAUUGGCUCUCCAUGUGGAAAUGCCAUUCACUGUGAUGGGAUGUUUGUUUUACUCAAGAAAAAAGCAGCAGGUAAUAAAUUACUCGAAGAUGGUGAUCAAGAUUACAAAAGCAUCACAAAAACCGCUUUAUUAUCGCCUGUAUGACAAACACAAGCUGGAAAGUCUAUCAAGCCAGGAAGAAUUCGAAGGUUGCGUAAGGGAUAAUCAAACCAGUGCAAUACAGAUUACAUGCUCUAAUAUUGAAAGAUUGUUGAUUCGCGCAUUUGGUUUUCAAAUACUCAUCUUUCCCAAAGAAAAGGUUGAAUAUAUGGAUGGUCAAGACUAUAUUAAAUCCUCCUCCGUGUUGAAACAUGUUCAAACAUAAAAUCC